AUGGCUCCCUCCGAUCGUCUCAACCAGGUCAAUGAACACCUUAACUACCCGGCCGGUCUGCUAGCAGGCCAGGUAGCCAUCAUCACCGGCGCAGGCCAAGGCAUCGGCGCUGAAGCCGCACGACUAUUCGCAAACGAAGGCGCGAAGGUCGUAGUCGCGGAUAUCGAUGCCAAGAAAGCCAACGCCGUCGCCGACGCAAUUAACUCCGUAAAAGCCGGCCGCGCCCUCGCCGUCGUAGGCGACGUCCUCGACAGCAACUACAUAACCGAUCUCGUAAAGAAAACCGCCGAGUUCGGAAACGGCAAAAUCCACAUCAUCGUGAACAACGCCGGGUUCACCUGGGAUGGUGUCAUUCACAAGGUAAGACACGAUCCCAGCUUCAACAUGUAUCUACAGAAUCCCAAGCCAAGCAUUCCACUAAUCACAAUCCUUCCAUCACAGAUGACAGAUAAGCAAUGGGAAACCAUGCUGGCAGUCCACAACACGGCCCCAUUCCAGCUCGUGCGCGCUGCAGCGCCCUACUUCCGCGUGAAGGACAACGAGCCGCGCGUAGUGAUCAACAUCAGCAGUACAAGUGGUAUCCACGGCAAUGCAGGCCAGGCUAAUUAUGCAGUUGCCAAAGCUGGCGUCGUCGGCCUGACGCGCACGAUUGCCAAAGAAUGGGGCCCGGCCUUUGGUGUGCGGUCGAAUACUAUUGCCUUUGGCUUUGUGACGACGCGUCUGACUGCUGCCAAGGAAGAAGGUGCUUUUAUCACCACGCCUGAUGGCACGAAGGUUGCCCUGGGGAUUCCGGGAAAGCAGCUUGCGACGAAGACGGGUGGGGCGGAGAAGAAGAAAGAGGCUGUUGCUUACCCUGAUAUUCCGCUGGGGAGACCUGCGACACCUGAGGAAGCUGCGAGGGCUGUUCUAGGUGUUGCGUCGCCGUGGUUCUCUUAUGUGAAUGGGGAGACGAUUCGGGUUACUGGUGGACGGAAUAUGUAG